AUGACAGCAAUCUCUGCCAUCAGCAGCGCUCUCCUGUUCUCCCUUCUCUGUGAAGUAAGUCCUGUUGUCUUACUCAAUUCCACUGACUCAUCCUCGCCAACCAAUAAUUUCACUGAUAUUGAAGCUGCUCUGAAAGCACAGCUACAUUCUGCGGACAUACCCAAAUCCAGGCGGAAGCGCUACAUUUCGCAAAAUGACAUGAUCGCCAUUCUUGACUAUCAUAACCAAGUUCGGGGAAAAGUGUUCCCACCAGCAGCUAACAUGGAAUAUAUGGUUUGGGAUGAAAAUCUUGCAAAAUCUGCAGAGGCUUGGGCGGCUACUUGCAUUUGGGACCAUGGACCUUCUUACUUACUGAGAUUUUUGGGCCAAAAUCUGUCUGUAAGAACUGGAAGAUACCGCUCUAUUCUGCAGCUGGUCAAGCCAUGGUACGAUGAAGUGAAAGACUAUGCUUUUCCAUAUCCCCAGGACUGCAAUCCCAGAUGCCCUAUGAGAUGUUUUGGUCCAAUGUGUACACAUUAUACACAGAUGGUUUGGGCCACCUCCAAUCGGAUAGGAUGUGCAAUUCAUACUUGCCAAAACAUGAACGUGUGGGGAGCUGUGUGGCGACGUGCAGUGUACUUAGUGUGCAACUAUGCCCCAAAGGGCAAUUGGAUUGGGGAAGCACCAUAUAAAGUGGGGGUACCAUGUUCAGCCUGUCCUCCAAGUUAUGGGGGAUCUUGUACUGACAACCUUUGUUUUCCGGGAGUAACGUCAAACUACCUAUACUGGUUUAAAUAA